GUAAAAGAGACGAUGUAGAGAGCUUGGAGGAGCAACAAACCUUUGCUCGAAUUGAUGAUCGUCGUACGCCUUCUUUACUUCUCCAUGAUGAUUUAGAGAAAGAGACAAUGGCGAAGGUAUAUACGUGUACAUACAGGUAUAUGUAGAGAGAGAGAGAGAGGGAAUUGUGACGGAGAGAGAUGGAUCGGAAUGACCUAGAACGCGAAGCAAUGGCGGUGGUCGUGGAUGACGAGGACAAGGAGGCGUCGAGAAUGUCGAUCAGAGAACCUCUUCUUCCGGCCAGGAACAGUCGGAUCAACGUCUCCUCUCAGCUUGCCAUUGUUGGCGUCAAUCUCUGCCCCAUUGAAAGCCUCGACUACGAGAUUAUAGAAAAUGAUCUUUUCAAGCAGGACUGGAGAUCUAUGAAAAGGAUUCGGAUUUAUCAGUAUGUUGUUCUCAAGUGGACUCUUGCACUACUUAUAGGAUUAACUACAGGACUCGUGGGAUUCUUCAAUAACCUUGCUGUCGAGAAUAUUGCGGGUUUUAAGCUUCUCCUUACUGGCAAUCUCAUGCUCCAUGAAAAGUACCAUCUGGCAUUUGCAGUAUAUGCAGGCUGUAACAUGAUAUUGGCGAUUGUUGCUGCUGUUCUCUGUGCAUAUGUUGCUCCUGCAGCAGCAGGCUCUGGUAUACCUGAGGUGAAAGCAUAUCUUAAUGGUGUGGAUGCUUGUUCUGUUUUGGCUCCAAGUACCCUCUUUGUAAAGAUUUUUGGUUCCAUAUUUGGAGUUGCUGCUGGAUUUGUUGUGGGCAAGGAAGGGCCUAUGGUACACACUGGUUCUUGCAUUGCCAGUUUGCUUAGUCAGGGAGGUUCCCGCAAGUACCAUUUGACUUGGAAAUGGCUCAGAUAUUUCAAAAAUGAUAGGGAUAGACGGGAUCUGAUCACUUGUGGAGCUGCUGCAGGCGUAGCUGCUGCUUUCCGUGCCCCAGUUGGUGGAGUUCUAUUUGCUCUUGAAGAAGCAGCUUCAUGGUGGCGGAGUGCUCUUCUUUGGAGGACUUUUUUCACGAAUGCUGUAGUAGCUGUUGUGUUGAGAUCUUUCAUAGAAUUUUGUAGGGGUGGUAAAUGUGGACUUUUUGGGCAAGGAGGUCUUAUCAUGUUUGAUGUUAAUUCAGCAGUGCCAACUUACAGAACGCCUGAUCUUCUUGCAAUUAUAUUACUUGGAACUGUUGGAGGCAUCUUAGGAAGCCUUUAUAACUACCUUGUUGACAAGGUUCUUCGCACUUAUAGCAUCAUCAAUGAGAAAGGUCCUGGGUUUAAGAUCCUGCUUGUUGUCACCAUCUCCUUGCUGACCUCUUGCUGUUCUUAUGGUCUCCCAUGGUUUGCAAGUUGUACCCCCUGCCCCAUUGGGCUGGAAGAUGAAUGCCCCACUAUUGGUCGCUCAGGAAACUACAUGAACUUUCAGUGCCCACCAGGCCAUUACAAUGACCUCGCCUCCCUCUUUCUUAACACCAAUGAUGAUUGGAUCCGUAAUUUAUUCAGUUCUGACAAUGAACAAGAGUUUCACCUCUCUACCCUUUUUAUUUCCUUUUUUGCGACAUACUGCCUUGGCAUUAUCACUUAUGGCAUUGCCAUUCCAUCUGGACUCUUCAUCCCUGUCAUACUAGCUGGAGCCUCCUAUGGGCGCCUGGUUGGGACUGCCCUAGGAUCUAUCUCCGAACUUGAUGUUGGUCUCUUUGCACUUCUUGGGGCUGCUUCCUUUUUAGGUGGAACCAUGAGAAUGACUGUGUCAAUUUGUGUCAUACUUCUUGAACUUACAAAUGAUCUAUUAAUACUCCCGUUGGUGAUGCUAGUUCUUCUCGUUUCGAAAACUGUAGCUGAUUGUUUCAACAAGGGAGUGUAUGAUCAAAUAGUAAAAAUGAAGGGAUUGCCUUUCAUGGAAGCCCAUGCUGAACCGUACAUGAGACAGUUGGUUGCAGGUGAUGUUGUCUCUGGUCCCUUGAUAACUUUCUCCGGUGUUGAGAAAGUGGGCAAUAUUUUACAUGCUUUAAAGAUAACAAAUCAUAAUGGUUUCCCUGUUAUUGAUGAGCCACCUUUGACAGUUGCACCAGAGUUAUGCGGACUUGUUUUGAGGUCACACUUGCUUGUUUUGCUUAGAGGAAAGAAUUUUACAAAGCAUAGGGUUUUGACUGGAUCAGAAACUUUAAGGAGGUUUCAUGCAUUUGACUUUGCAAAGCCAGGUUCAGGAAAGGGGCUCAAGCUAGAGGAUCUAGACAUUAAGGAGGAAGAAAUGGAGUUGUAUGUUGAUCUACAUCCGAUUACUAAUACAUCCCCUUAUACAGUAGUGGAGACCAUGUCUCUGGCCAAGGCAGCAGUUCUGUUUCGCGAGCUUGGUCUUAGACACUUGUGUGUGGUUCCAAAAACAUCCGGGAGACCUCCAGUUGUAGGGAUACUGACAAGGCACGACUUUAUGGCAGAUCACAUUUUGGGACUUUAUCCCCGUAUUCUUAACCCCCCAUAAGUAGGUUGAACGAGCAAAGUGCACAUUGGUUUCGACUGUCUCUAGA